AUGGCUUCGAUUCCUCAAGAUAGUUGCAUGUUAGCACAAGGGCAGUACGUCGGCUUACUAGGAGUCAGAUGGAACCCUACGCUUGAUACACUACACGUGCCACUCAACAUCGCGCGUCAAGCAGUCACGAGUAAGAGAACCGCGCUACAAGUUUACGCGUCGACAUUCGACCCGCUCGGACUAUUGGCACCCUUGUUGAUAAAAGCGAAAAUGUUCAUUCAGGACCUUUGGGAGCUCGGAUAUGGAUGGGAUGACAGUCUUACCGACGAAGAUAUCCAGAAAUGGAACUCGAUCGUGCAGGAUAUUAGCAGUUUUCAGCUAAGCGUACCGCGCUACAUUGGUGAUACUUUCGAGGAUACAUAUGACCUGGUCGUAUGUUCCGACGCGUCUAAACGCGUUUACGCUACUGCCAUCUACAUUUUGACGCGCCCUCGUCGCGGUACACCUCGAUCUACUUUGCUUUUCGCCAAAGCAAAGUUGGCCCCUCCCGGUGCCAUCACGAUACCGCGCAUGGAACUCUUAGCUUCCCAUAUGGCAGCUAAGACAGUACAGUUUUUGAGGGCCCAGCUGAAGGUCAGAUUCUGUUCGAUCAAGUUUCUAACCGACUCACAAAUAGUCCUCUAUUGGAUUCACUCCCAGAGACCACUUAAGACCUAUGUGGUUAAUCGCGUCAAGUAUAUUCGUCGUGUGUUGGACGAGCUGGAAACAGAGAAGAUUGCUACUGGAUUCUACUAUUUAGCCACGCAGACCAACCCAGCGGAUUGUGCUACUAGAGGAGUGACAGCCUCGGAGCUGCAACACCACAUUUGGUGGACAGGCCCUACCUUUUUUGCGACGCCUUUUUCACAGUGGCCAUGCAAGUCCUUCCAGCCAUCACAGCCCAUACCACCAGGAGCAGAAUCGGAAGAACUUCGCAUACCUGAGACGGUCGUAAAUUCGGUUAGUGGUACCCAGGAGGCGUAUACGUCUUUUGUGCCGUUUACGCGCACCAACUCCUACGUGAAGCUAGUCCGUAUAACAGCGUACAUUCUUAAAUACGUGACUAAAUUGUGUCAUAGGGUCAGGACGCGCAAUCAGCGCGAGGACCAGGAAGAACGUUUUCCAUUCAACACGAUGAAUAUUAUACCCACGAUAACAUCGGACGAUUUUAUGGCAGCUGAGCUCGUGCUCAUACGAGAGCACUACCGUGAGAGCCAGCGCCAAAUGAACGGUACGUAUGUGAAGAAGCUCCACACUAAGCGCGAAACGGAUGGUACUAUAAGAGUUGAUAUGCGCAUGGUUAACGCGCAGAUGAGCGAUACGAACCCAUACGUUCUGUACGCACGAUUCUCUCCACUGUCAAUAAAUCUAUCUGUCACCAGUCGACUAUUGUGGAUCGAGGAUAAAGAGGGAACAACACAAGAAACGGCAGGCAUAGAAGCGAGACGUCGCGUUGCGCACAUGAGUAACGAGCUGGAAUGCAGGCAGAUACUUGCAGCGAUUGAGCAACAGCAGCAGCGUCUACGCGCGCGCAUCGCUAGCAAUGACCCAGACGCGCCUCUUUUGCCUAACCCAGCACCUGAUAGGAUGGCGCCUACUCUACCGCUUCUGCAGGACUCCACAGACGCGCUGCCGCAUACGGUAGAAGAGCUUACAGCCGCGCAGCUCCGCAGGGUCUAUCAGUUUCUUAUUAGGUCGGGCACGCCGCUAGCGCCAGUACAGCAGGAAGUUCAGCAGGCCGCGCUUUUAACACCUGAGCAGCAAUACCAGGCCGCGCAAGUAGUAUUCCAUACGCGCCAGCUAACGGAUGUGCUAGACAGCGCUAAUAACGUUUUUAUGAACGCGCAAGUUUUACUGCUGCGCAAGGACAAGAUGAACCUGAGGUAUGUCGCGCUGAUGGGCCAUAUACACAUUGUGCAGCACAUCAGCACUGGAAUCGCAGUCCAUCGCGAUCUUAUCUUGGAGUAUUUACUGCCACCUCUGUUUGCGCGCUCGCAAGUCUUUUUAGAUGCUUUGGCCGCGCUAGGAUGUACCGAAGCCACUAUCACGGAGAAGACCAUGGCCGCGUCAGCAGCGAUAGCUCAUGCCACCCGCUUGACGCGCACAUUGGAAGCCCUUCAGAUGAACUGUGUCAUCUCGCGUCGAGGAUUGAGUCUUACAGAGCAAGAUCAAGAGUACCGCAGACUUGCCGCGCCGGCCGAUCCUGGACCACCACCUUUGCAGCCGCGCACCUAUACUCAAGCUCUGCGUAUGUGGCAAGAGAGUUAUGAUGAGAUGCUCCACAGUUCUCUGACUCACGAAUUCCUUGACAUGAUCGAGCGAGAAGGUCUUACGGUACAGUCCGAUGCAGAGCAACCACAAGAGAGCCCAGAGAGUGAGCAGUCCUCGACUAUAACCGUUUCUUCAGUCGCGCGAAACAUCAGCGCUAUAUCGUCACCCGAAAUUAGGAAUUUGGAGAAAGAAGAAGUCCUACCGGAAGAUCAAGGACAGACAGUUUCGCUUCAGCCGCCGGACGCGCAACAGGAAGAAUCAUCACAGACAUACCCGACGCGCCAAUCAGCCCCACAAGAAGAACAGCAGCACCCAGGCCCUUCGAUUCCACCGGAACAUCGCCUUGAGCACAUUCUCGACGCCGUGCUGGAGGCUGGGCAGGAGCCCAAUCAGCCAGUGCAGCAAGCCGCGCAGCCAGUGAGGUUCGAAGGAAGAUUUAGGCGAGAACAUCGGCCGUGCGUUUUUUGUGAAGGGACGCGACACUUCAGCGCGGAGUGCAACGUGGUCAAGGACAUGAUAGAGAGAGUGCGUAUCGCGCAGCAGAAAGGGAUCUGUCCUAAGUGUCUUGCGGUGCAUUAUGGGAGCUGUUUUAAGGAAUUUCACUGUAAGAACUGUGGUGGGGCGCGCCAUCACCGCGCGUUUUGCAUGCGUAACUCGGGUAUAGAUAAGAGCAAUGUGCAUAUGCCGGCGGCCGCGUUUUAUUCCUGGCUUGAAGAGUUAACCUACAACCCGAUACCAUCUGGGGAAUUCCAGCCGCGCGCUAGAACACCGUCGCCUCAGCGUGGCGCGCGUGAGUAG